AUGGGAUCAUCACAAAAUACUAUAACAGAUUAUCAUAAAUUUUUAAGGGAAUUAGUUAUUGAUACGUUAAAGGAUGUAUCUUUCAUUAGUGGGAUUGAGAAAACAAAAGAAAGGAAAAUAUUUUUAAAGAUUGUGGAAAAACAAGAUAAAGAAACUAUUAAAGAAGUUAUAGAGAAAUAUGUUGAAAGAGGUUUGAUUAUAUAUACUGAUAGUUGGGAAGGUUAUUUGGAUAUUGAUAAAUUAGGAGUAACACAUGAAACUGUGAAUUAUUCAAAAAAUUUUACUGACUCAAUGACUGAUGCACACACUAAUAGUAUAGAAG